UGGGCAAAUUAAUAUUUUCAGGUGAUUAUUCGGACAUGGCAGACUGCUCAUAAAAUGAAACUACAAAGAGGAAGAUCAAUUGAGCCAAUUGGUUCUGAUAAUGAUAACUUCCGUAUAAAGCGCUUCAUAGCAAAAUACACCAUAAAUCCAGCAAUUGCUAAUGGAUUCUCACAGCAUGUUGGCUCAGUUGAGGCUGGGAAGUUUGCUGAUCUUGUUAUGUGGACGCCUUCUUUCUUUGGUGCAAAACCAGAAAUGGUGAUCAAAGGUGGUGUUAUUGCGUGGGCCAACAUGGGUGACCCAAAUGCUAGCAUCCCCACUCCACAGCCGGGAAACACAAGGAAAAAGUUGAAGCAGUUUAGACUCAGUCUUCUGUUUGCGCGUGAAGUAGAAAGUGGAGUGGUCUUAGUAGAGUAUGUGUGUGAUAAGCAGAAAGGAGUGAGGGUUCGACUUGUGAAGGAAGGAUUGGCUGUAGAAGUGAAGCAAGGAGUGGAGAACAGGGAUCGGCCGCGAGAGAACAGUGGCAUUGAGGAGAAUUGGUUCUUGGUGGGUAAGAAGCAAAGAAACUUCUGCUGA